GAAAAACAAAAAAUCUGUGGGUUGGGUUCCCAGUGUGUGCUGUGAUGUGAGAGCAGCAAGUAAAUGCAGCCCAUGUACAGGAUUCCCAGCCUCCUGCUCCCUGCCUCCAACAGAAGCAGCCUUUUUGCAUGUCGCAGUCCAAUUCCAGUGUGUUCCUGCUGAACGAGGGUUCAGCUGAUUCAUACACAAGCCGACCAUCGUUAGACUCCGACGUGUCCCUGGAGGAGGAUCGGGAGACUGCCCGCCGCGAGGUGGAGAGGCAGGCUCAACAGCAGCUUGAAAGAGCUAGGCUUAAGCCGGUAGCAUUUGCUGUAAGAACCAAUGUCAGUUACUGUGGAGCGCUGGAUGAGGAGUGCCCAGUUCAAGGAGCUGCCAUUAACUUUGAAGCCAAAGAUUUCCUACAUAUCAAGGAGAAAUACAACAAUGACUGGUGGAUCGGGCGGCUAGUAAAAGAAGGGGCAGACAUCACCUUUAUCCCAAGCCCCCAAAGGCUUGAGGCCAUUCGACUGAAACAGGAGCAGAAGGCAAGGAGGUCUGGUGGAGACAUGGUCUCCGGAAAUCGUCGUUCGCCUCCCCCAUCUAUAGCUAAACAGAAGCAAAAACAGGCAGAGCACACUGCUCCAUAUGAUGUGGUUCCAUCUAUGAGACCCGUGGUUCUUGUCGGCCCAUCCUUGAAGGGAUAUGAGGUCACUGACAUGAUGCAGAAAGCUCUAUUUGACUUCCUAAAGCACAGAUUUGAUGGCAGAAUCUCCAUAACUCGGGUGACUGCUGAUUUGUCAUUGGCUAAACGUUCUGUGCUGAACAACCCAGGCAAGAGAGCUAUCAUUGAGCGCUCUAGCACCCGCUCAAGCAUCGUGGAGGUCCAGAGUGAGAUUGAAAGAAUCUUUGAGCUGUCCAAGACUCUCCAGCUGGUUAUAUUAGAUGCUGAUACAAUCAACCAUCCCACUCAGCUGAGUAAAACAUCACUGGCCCCCAUUAUCGUAUUUGUGAAAGUGUCUUCUCCAAAGGUACUGCAGAGACUAAUAAAAUCCAGGGGGAAAUCCCAAGUGAAACAUCUCAACGUCCAGAUGCUGGCAGCCGACAAACUGAUCCAGUGCCCUCCAGAAAUGUUUGAUGUGAUAUUGGAUGAGAACCAGUUGGAAGAUGCCUGUGAGCACCUUGCGGAGUACAUGGAGGUUUAUUGGAAAGCCACACACCACCCGCUGCACCCCCAAAAUAGUCAGAAUCUCAUCACACCCCCAACUGCCAUUCCUGGUUUACAGAACCAGGAGCUUCUCUCGGAUCGAGCCAAUGAGCACUCACCCUUGGAGCGUGACAGUUUGAUGCAAUCAGAUGAGGCUAGUGAGACAUCCCGAAAAACAUGGACGGCUUCAUCACAAAGAAGCUCUCAUCACCUUGAGGAGGAGUACUCUGACACCUACACUGACCUGUACCAGCCCCACAGGCACCACAACAGUGGACUGAACAGCACCAAUGGGCACGACUCUCAGGACCGACUCCUGGAGCGGGAUUCUGAGCAGAACCAUAAUGACAGGAACUGGCAGCGUAACCGUCCAUGGCCUAAGGACAGUUACUGAAAGUGAUCUCACUGCACACACCCGUCCUAUACACAUACACACUCCUCCUGCAUGGCAGUGCAUGUCAGGAGGGACAAACCCCCGAGUGCAAAUUCCAGGGUAGCUCCAAGAGGCAAAAGUGUACAGGUGAAAAUCAGCCCUUUGACAUAUACCGGGUGCCAGGCAGUUGUUGGCUGCAAAACAAAGGUAAGAGGGUAAAACACAGAAAAGUAGAUGCACAUAUGCAGUGACUGCUGCCAAAAUGGAUCAUAUUAAGACAAGGUAUUUCUGUGCUUUACAAUGCAAGGCAGCAUGGUGCUUAACACACAAAAUCAUUUCAACACUGAAGCUGGUAGUAUUGAAAGGCCUCUUAUGGUAAACUCAUUGGGAAAUCUCUACAGAUACCUUCUAGCACUUCCGCUAUACACAGUGAUAGGUUUACAAAAGAGUGACAGAUAUCUUUCCUACAGGGACAGAAGUGUGUCAAUCAAGGUAAGAGUGAGGUUUGAGUGGAGUAUGAGCUUGAGUGACUCUCCUACUUUUCAGGACUUGUGUGUGUGUGUGUAUGUAAUAAACAAAAGCCAUGAAUAUCUUGUAAAUUAUAUCCUUAUAAACUGUGAGUUCUGAUGUGUCAUUUCUAGUGA